AUGAUUAAAUAGCCUCUUUAUUAGAUUUAGGUGCUAAUUAUGUAAUUAAUUAAAAUGAUGAAAAUUUUGAAAAAAAAAUAAGCUAAAUUAUGUUAAAUGAAUAAACUAGUGUAUUUUAUGAUGCAAUAGGUGGAGGAAUUUUUUCAUCUGUUAUUUUUAAAUAUUUAAUUCCUAAAGGAAAAAUGGUUGUAUAUGGCAAAUUUUCUAAUUUAAAAAUUUAAGAUAUAGACCCUAUUGAACUUGUUUUUAAGUAAAAAUAUAUUUAAGGUUUUUGGCUUAGUAGAUGGAUUGAAUAAAAAAGCGAUGAGUUUUUAGAAAGUGAAGUAAAAGAACUUAUUAAGAACGAAAUUAUAGGAAUAUUUGAAACAAGAAUUUAAUAAAUAGUUCCUUUGA